GACUAAUGAACAAAGCCUCAUGAUAGCUGAGUAAUGCCUAGUGGUUAAUAUUUGAUGGUAUGUGGCGAGAAUCCACUGCUACUUAAUCAAGAGGAAUUGAGAUGGACUUAUCCACCCAGCGCAGACACUGUCUUGAAGGACAUUGGGAAUGAGAAGGGCUCAAGCAGAUUUUACUGUCAUACCCACAGGAUGCCAGCCAUUGAUCUUUCCUCCUAUGGUCAUCUUUCCCAAGACUUUUUUCUGUCUUCAUGAGGAGAAAUCAGUAGGAGAAAGGACAGCGACUGGGUGUCUGACAAAUUAUUCUCGGUGAACACUGAUUUACGUGGCAGAUUGCGUGAUGCCAGGAUGUUUGUGAUGGUGUAGGAUCCAGUGACCCUUGAGGAUGUGGCUGUGGAAUUCACCCAGGAGGAGUGGACUUUGCUGGAUCCAAUCAGAGAAACCUGUACAGAGAUGAGAUGCUGGAGAACCACAAGAAUCUGGUUGCAGUAGGUCUGCUUGCUCAGAACCCUGUCUGGUGAGGAGGGAGUCACACAAGAGGAAGAAUGGAUGCAGGACUGUUGACAACCUGGUCACAGGAUUCAGUGACCUUUGAGGAAGUGGCAGUAGACUUCUCCCAGGAGGAGUGGGCGCUGCUGGACCCUACUCAGAAAAUCCUGUACAGAGACGUGAUGCUGGAGAACUACAGGAACCUGGCCUCCGUGGGGUACCCUCUCUUCAAGCACGGUCUGAUCACUGAGGUGGAGCAGGAAGCACUGAGGCCAGAGGAGAGAGGAACACUCCAAGGUGCCUGUACAGACUGGGAUAUUCAACUGAAAUCAAAAGAUGCAUCUCCUGUACAGAAUGUUCCUGGAGAAAAGACUUGCAAUGACACAAAGAUGCAGGCCAGCAAGAAACCCUUGGAAUUUGAUGGUUGUAGAAAAUUCUUCCGAAAGAACUGUCACUUUAUGUGUACAAGACAUGGCGAGGGAGAGAAAUGCCACAAAUAUAAAGACAGUGGGAAAGACCUUGGCCACACCCUUAGGAGUCAUGUAAGUACUCACAGUGGAGAGAAGACCCUUGGGUUUAAUGAUUGUGGCAAAGCUUUCAAUCAAGAGUCCUCCCUUAGGAAACACUUAAGGACUCUCACAGGAGAGAAACCUCACGAGUGUAACCAGUGUCUUAUGUCCCUCAGUGUACACUCUUCCUUUCCAGUACAUGAGCAGAUUCCUACUGGAGAGAAACUCUGUGAGUGCAGUGAUUAUGGAGAAAGAACUACCCUUAGCACCCACCAAAAAAUGGGUGCUGUGGAGGAAAGCUCAGAAUGUAAUGAGCAUGGGAAAGUGUUCCCUGGCCCCUUGUCCCUUCAGAAGUGUGUGAGACCUCACACCGGAGAGAAGCCUUAUGAAUGUAGUGACUGUGGGAAAGCCUUCAUUUUUCAGUCUUCCCUUAAAAAGCAUGUGAGAUCUCACACUGGAGAGAAACCUUAUGAGUGUAAUCACUGCGGAAAGUCCUUUAGCCAGAGCUCUCAUCUUAACGUGCACAGAAGGACUCACACUGGAGAGAAACCCUAUGACUGUAAGGAAUGUGGCAAGGCUUUCACUGUUCCUUCAUCUCUUCAGAAACACAUGAGAACCCACACUGGAGAGAAACCCUACGAAUGCAGCGACUGUGGGAAAGCCUUCAUUGAUCAAUCAUCCCUUAAGAAACAUACACGAUCUCACACUGGAGAGAAACCUUACGAGUGUAGUCAGUGUGGAAAAUCCUUCAGCACGGGCUCUUACCUCAUUGUGCACAAGAGGACUCACACCGGAGAGAAAACCUAUGAGUGUAAAGAAUGUGGGAAGGCCUUUAGGAAUUCCUCUUGCCUGAGGGUGCAUGUGAGAACUCACACAGGAGAGAAGCCCUAUAAAUGUAUUCAGUGUGGAAAAGCAUUCAGCACCAGCACUAACCUUAUAAUGCACAAGCGAAUACACACUGGGCCGAAAGUAUGAGUGAAAUAACUAACGAAAGCCUUUGAUGAUCCUUGACCCCUCACUCCUCAUUGUAGAACUCACACUGGAGUGCAACCAUGCUGUGACCAAUAUAGAAAGCCUUCAGGCACAA